AUGGCUUCUUUACCGCCUAUGCAAGAGUCUCUACAACCUCUGGAAUUCGAUACUCCGAUAUUAGAGGCAAAAAUUGCUGUUCUACCACCGAAAAGAGAAUGGAGGGUAAAAGUUCCUGGCGAAGCCAAAUUAACGGUUAAAAUAUUGUACGGUAUAGCAGAAGUCUUUGGUACUGAACUUACGAAUGAUGUUGAAUACACAUUUCAAUCUGCGAACAUUGCCAUUUAUAGUGUGGAACACGUAAAAAUUGAAUGGAAGUGUGCGGAAGCUUUGGAACCGACUAUCUCAUCGGAGACAUCGAUGCCAUACAUUUACUACCUACACUUUGCACUCGAAAAGAUGAGGCUAUCUAGUUUUGAUGGGCCUAGGAUGCUUAUCGUCGGUGAAUCAUCUUCGGGAAAAACUACUCUAGCAAAAACUCUGUCUGCAUAUGCGUUGAAGGGCAAACCAUAUACACCGCUGUACAUAAACUUAAAUCCCCAGGAAGGGAUAUUUGCCCCUCCAAGUUGCAUCACAGCUACCCCCAUCUCCUAUCUUCUUGAGGUGGAGUCCACGAUGUGGGGCCAGAGUAUGACUACCGGUGCCACAGCGCUGCAUAGCAAACAGCCUAUGGUGAAAUCCUUCGGACUCGAGCAGAUCGCCGAAAAUAGAGAGUUAUACCUUGAAGCAAUGAACCAGCUUUCUAAAGCAGUGGAGGGUAGGCUGAGGAACGACCCAUUGGUUAGAAGGUCGGGGAUUAUUGUUGAUACACCCCCACUUUCCCAUUUAGACGACUCUUACACUGAGCUCAAGGCAGCAAUCUCCAAGUUUAAUAUUGAUAUCAUGGUCGUAUGUUGCCCAGAUGAUUCACUGGCGAUAAAACUUGGCGAAGUGUUCCAAUCUCUUGUCAGGAUCAUAAUUCGCAUUCCUACUAGCCCUGGGGUAGUAAAAAUAGACGACGUUGCAAGAAGAUCUUUUCAAAGAAGUCAAAUCAGAGAAUAUUUCUACGGGAACAAGAACACUGUCCUAAGUCCAUAUACCAUCGGUGUCGAUCUUAUGGAUGUUGUAGUAUGGAAACCAAAGUCAACCCUAGAACUAGGAGAUGCGGGUGCCAAAACGAGUAUGACGGAACUGGAAAGAGUGGAAGUCAAUGCUAGCAACCUGCAACAUGCCAUUGUCAGCAUCACAUACGCUCCAAGGAAAAGUACACCUGAGGAAGUCCUAAAAAGCGGUGUUCUUGGGAUUGCUUUGGUGACAGAAGUGAAUGAAACGAAAAGAAAAAUGAGGAUUCUGCUUCCAGUUCCUGGAAGAUUACCAGACAAAGCUAUGAUUCUAACUGCAUAUAGAUACCUAGAGUAA